AUGGUCCGAACCCCUUAUUACGGCGGCAAUCAUCCGCCUCCCCUAUUCAUCGCUGAGCUCGACAGCGAGCCAGGACGUCCCGGUGAUGCCCCAUCUCAUCAUAGGCCAGAUGGAACACCCGUGUUCGAGAUGAGCGGCGAGCCAGUGCUUCCGCAGCAUGGUCAAGAUGGAAAUCAAUCUAGUACUUCUCAUAAUGGCCCGUCGUCCCUCCAUUCUCCGGGUGCGUCCAAACCAACACAACAAGGCCAAGAGGACCAGAACAAGCCAAGCAAAGAUACACUCACUGCAUCCCAAUCUGUCAUGGCCAAUCCCUGGGCAUACUUCGGACCCGAAUCUUCGGAUGGUAAGCCAAAAGAGACGCAACGACCCCAGACAGACAACCGCCAGCCAUCGGAGCCAGUGUACAGACCCUAUCCUGGCGAUAGCAAUGACAGCCCCCCAGAGGUUCCUCAUGGCACACGGCCGUCCACCAAUCCUUCAAGCCCAGUCCUCAAGAAUGAGGACCAUGCCUUCUAUCCUGCUCCGUUGAAGCUUGCCCAUCGUCCUGCCAAUGCAACUUCCCCUCCUGCCUUCAAGGCGUAUGUUCCUCCAGUGGCCCAGGCUUCAUCUGAUUUGGAACUCAAGCCUUUAGGCCGGCCUGAUAGGACCGACUCGCAGUCCCCGACGGCUCUAAAUGCAUAUCGACCAUAUAGACCACAUUCGACUCAGCCUCCUGCUUCACCUGUACUAACAUCCAAUACACAUCCUGCCACUUCGUCCCCUGAUCAGAAUGUCCCUCUUGCAUCGCCUCCAAGCCCCCCGAAACAGCAAUCGCCCGGGACAGUUUCCCACCAAAUCACCUCCACAACAUCUCCGAGCCACACUCCAAACCCUCCAGCUUCGGGUGCCACCCUACCAAAGCCGGCUACCAGUCUUCCUACCUCCCCGAAGCCUCAGACGCAACCACAGUAUGGCAUCCCUAACGCUGCUCCAACUCAACCGGUGCCUCCAUCUACGUCGACCUAUCUUCCCUCCCCUGUGACCCCCUCAGUCCAGUUAUCCUCAGUCGUUUCUUCGCCAGCAACUCCUGCGACGAAUGCUGGAAUUCCCUUCACUCAGCCACAAUAUGCUGCUCACGUUGCUGUCCCGACGUACGCCCAGCCGCAAUAUGGUACUCCGGUUCAAGCACAUAACUUUGGAUUAAGCCAUACCAACACAACCGUUGCACAAGCCCCGGCAUCUGUUAUGCCCACUUCGGCCAGUAACUUGUCACAAUCCACUCCGGCUCAGUUCAACUAUCGUGUGCAGCAGCCAACUUAUUCAACUCCAAUAGAACCAAUACAAAACACUUUAAAUCAAGCAUCCGCUCACCCACCCACACUUUAUCAACAACCAAUUGCUCCCGGGCCCAAUGUACAACAAACACCUGUGCAACAACCGAACACGAGACCGUAUGGUACACCGGUGCCGACAGUGAUCCCACAAUCACCCCCACCUCCAUAUGCGGCUCCGGACACCAGCUUUGGAGCUGGAUCACAACAAUCUGGACCAGCAAAUCCCACGAUUUAUCAACCGUCUCCAACCGGGCCUUAUCCUCCUCAGCCUCAGUAUUCUACCCAACCUACCUACGCUCCGACUACAAGUCCCCCCUUGCCAAAUCACCCGGGAAAUAGCCUACAACCCCCAGCGCUCCCUCCCAGGCCAUCUUCAUCGCAAGGCUUCGCUCCCACAUCAGGCUUCGGUUCAGGUCCUGCUGGUUAUAACCCUGCCAACUAUCCCCGUCCGCCACAAACAUAUUUCGCACCUCCUCCUGCGCUGCCACCACGGCCUGGCCUUGGAAAGCUAGCUGGUGGCGGAGGGAAGUUGUUUGGCAGCAGCUCCGCAGAUAAAUGGCUAAAGAAGACGGGCCAGGUAUUGGAAAGCACGUUGGCACCAUAUCUUCAAGGACAAUCAGGGCAAUCGGCAUCAUAUCGACCGGGCUCCAACGGUUUGCAAGGACAACAGGGACAACCGAUGCAGCAGGCACCAGGCCAGUAUCCCCCCCAAGGCCACCACUUCCAUGCACCUCACUUGGCUCCUCAGUACAGAGGUGCUUCGGAAUCCGGACAUCCACCACAGGGACCCAGUGCACCAGGAUACUAA